AUGCUGCACCCGGGCCUCUUCGACGGCUUCUACCAGCCAUACGUGGACGCGGUGUGGGCCAAGUACAGCAAGGAGGACUUGACCGUGGACACGCAGUCCAUCUGGGGCCAGGUCAAGGGCCGCGUCGAGGCGGGCGAGAAGCUGACGUUUGGCGCCGUCUCCUUUGGGACGAGCGACGUCUUCAGCUGCAGCACGGGCCCGUUUGUGGGCGGCCCGGGCGUGACGGGCGAGCAGCUCAACAUCGGGGCGCGGCUGGCGGCGGCGCUGAACCGCUCGACGCUGCUCGACAACGCGCAGCAGCCCGAGGGCGAAAAGGUCAAGCUGUACUACGGCCACGCCGUCACCAAUCAUUACGCCCGCGCCUGCCACGAGACGAGCGUCGGCGGCCGCGGCUAUGCGUUUCCCUAUGACGACGUCGGCGCCUCCCGCGACCAGCCGGACCAGUCGGGCUUUGUCAACGCUCCCAACCCGAGGGAGCUGACCAUUGGCGUCGGGAAGCCCCUGGACGGCUGA